AUGGCUCCUUUCUAUAAGAUUAUCGUCGACGAAUUCAGUAUCCCUUUUGAUCAGCAGUUAUACACUCGCAUGGAAGCGGCAAACACUGAAGCAUUACAAAAAUUCGACGAGAAAGUGACUGACGCCGAGCAGAAUCAGGGUGAAACUGAAGUAAACGAAGCUUUACUGGGCAAAGCAGACUACUACGCCACCAUUGGUGACAAGGACAAAGCGUUGGCUCAAUAUAACGAACUUCUUGCCAAGUCCAUCACGCUUGGUACACGCAUCGAUAUCGUGUUUGCCCUUGUGCGUAUCGGAUUUUUCUUUGGCGAUGACAACCUUGUGCGAUCAAAUAUCGAUAAAUUAAAGGAGUUGAUCGAACAAGGCGGUGACUGGGAUCGUCGUAAUCGAUUGAAGGCUUACGAAGGUGUUUAUCUGAUGUCUAUCCGCGACUUCAAAGGCGCCGCUCAAUUGUUCAUCGACACAUUGAGCACAUUCACAAGCACAGAAAUGAUGUCUUACCAAGACUUUGUCAAAUACGCCGUUUUAACCAGCUUAAUCAGUAUGCAACGGGUGGAUAUUAAGAAAAAGGUGUUGGAUGCUCCCGAGAUUUUGGAAGUCAUUUCGGAUAUUCCUCAUUUGGAAGAUUACAUGACCAGCUUAUAUAACUGCAACUAUGCUCAAUUCUUCCGCGCAUUAGCUGAUGUGGAACAAACUCAUUUACGCACAUCCCGUUAUCUCUAUCCUCAUAUGCGCUACUAUGUACGAGAAAUGCGUAUCGUGGCCUAUGCACAGCUGUUGGAAAGUUACCGAUCUCUCACCCUUGCCAGCAUGGCACAGGCGUUUGGUGUUACAGAAGAUUACAUUGACCGGGAAUUAUACAAGUUCAUUGCAGCAGGACGCCUCAACUGUGUGAUUGAUAAGGUGAACGGUGUCAUUGAGACCAACCGCCCUGAUGCCAAGAAUGCACAAUAUCAGACAGUGAUCAAACAGGGCGAUUUGUUACUGAAUAGAGUUCAAAAGUUGAGCAGAGUCAUCGAUGUCUAA